AUGCCGAUGCUGACCAACGCAAACAGGCACUACAAUCACAACACGGGCGAGGCUCCCGAUUCAGCCGUUGAUAUGUCUGGUGAUGCUACCUUCGCCGCCGACAUGGAAUCCGCGACUCGUGGUGUCCAGGAUGGCCGUAUUGUCAUUGACUACAACGGCAUCGCCAUUUCCUGCACCUUUGACGAGAUCACCAAGAUGGGAGCUGAACUAGCCAAGGCUCGUGCCGAAGGUAUCUUCCCUCGUACCAAGGCUGCCAGUCACAAUAUCAGAGCUACUAUUGAGGACUACUUCCGUCUUGGCGAAUUAACUGAAGCCCGUGGCACCACGCCCCGUGAGAACUGGACCGAACAACCUGAAGUGGCUGAGCUUCAGGUUCGUAUCGCCCGCGAGAUUCGAGACCGUGAUAAGAUCGCGGCUGAUGAAAGCGAGGCGGUACGUGUCCAGUCUCACGUCUCCUCCAUGAUGGAGGGGGUCGGUGCCGAAGCUAAGCUCUACAACAUAGUCCAGCACGCCGUUGCCUAUGCUGUGAAGUCAAGUUCUGCUGAUUCGGCCGCGACUCAGACUGUUGGCCAGAACAUGGCAGAACUUCUUCGCGGAAUCCGAGGUGUUAUCAAGGAGAUGGGCGAGAAGGGUACUCUCGCAGGUGGAGCACAUGGAGUUGACCUUGAGGCUGUUCUGGAGGAUGUCUUCGGAAUGAUCGAUUUCGCAAUGGAUCAAACUUUGGACGGGCGCGCGAAGCGCAUGGACGGUCAGAUCAAGGAUAUGGACGGUCAGAUCAAGGAUAUGGACGGUCAGAUCAAGGAUAUGGACGGUCAGAUCAAGGAUAUGGACGGUCACAUCAUGCACCUUAACGCCAUCGGCCAGCACGUCAACGCCAUCGACGGCCAUGUUCACUCUCUCGGUAACAACCUCAAUUCGAUGGGCACCCUUCUGAACUCCACUAACGGCAACAUCACCGCAAUGACCGCCCAAGUCGCUCUCCUUCAGACUAUUGUCAACAUGCUCCCGCGUAUGAUUGCAGAAGUCCUUGAGCAACAGCUCCCCGGAAUCGUCGACGCCUCUACCAAGCCCAUCAUUGCAGCCCUCGAGGCCCAUUACGGCAUCUCCUUGACCCGUUUCCCCGGCACUCAGAAGAAGAACAAGGUCAAGAAGUUCUUUAAGUCCAUCUUUUCCGGCCUCAAGAAGAUCUUCAAGUAG